AUGGAAUUUUUCGGCGAGCCCAGUAUGGCUCAUCAACAGACGAGUACUGCCAGACCCACAAACCCAGGCCCUCGCCUUUCCCGAGUGCACAAUUUGGAUGCAAAGUUCUUCUUGAACCGCCCAAUGGAGGAUAUCAUCCCUGCAAAAUACCUGAGACGGGCAGAACAUACGUCGUCUGUUCAGCGAAAGCCCUGGAUUUUCCGUGGAAAUGUCGAGGAUGCCCGCGAUGUUGACCAGGGCGAAUGGUCCAAAGUCGAUAUCCGAUAUAGAGGAGUCUUCAAGACCCUAGCCAAAGUACCUACUUUCUCAAAGGGGCUGUGGGAUGGCGGGUCUGAAGACCAUAUGGUUCAAACUGAUUCAAGAAAUUCGCGAUCCCAGGGGCAGGUCAUCUACGCGCUGAUGAAUGAGGUUGCAGAUAUGAUUGAUCUACAGCGACCUACCCGAGAAGGCGAUGCCAUUUUCUUCUUGAAGCCCCGACUUGUAUCCACCACGCUUGAAUACUGGACUGGAUAUCGCGAGAAACACAGAGAUGGGCCCAAUACUUCGGGCUUCCUCUCGCUAGAAUUUGAGCCUGACAAUGGCCAGUGCUGGCCAUUGUUACCCGUGUCUACACCAGCUACACACCAGACAAUAAAAGAAGAACACCUCAUCUCAGCCCUGAACGAAAAGUUCAAGCUAAUGCUGGGCCAAUUACUCCUCCACGUUCGCCCUCUCCAUAUCCCUGGCGACAAACUUCCGGAUCAAGAGAUAUUCCUUCUGGGUCUCCACGGCUCAAAGCUCCACCUCAUGCGGGCCUACUUCCCAGGCCAGAAAAUAUCCAGCCUCUGGUGCCGCCGCGAAGUCCCAGGCCCAGCACCAGUCCUAUUUCCCCCUAACCGCCGCCGUCGAGCACAGUCCUCCCCUUCAGCGCCACACACAGUGCACAUUGAAAACUACGACGCAGACACGGAAGACGAUACCGAUGAUAUCGAUGGAGCCAUGAACUUCCCCACAGCCACAAGCGCAAAUACAAACACAGACACGGAUAUCGCUGGAUUACCCCGUCCGCCAACCCGUCGAGGCCGCGCCACCUCUCUCCGUAGCCCCCGUUUCUACGGCGCAGAGAAUAUGGAGCGAGUCCGUCGGCACCUCGAAGCUACCCGUCUACGCAGACUAGACUACGAGCCAAAUCCACGCACCUUCCGUGUUCUAGCUACACGCGAGUACGAUCUAUGGGUGAAACAGGAUUUCACAGCGGUAGUACAGCUGCUCGCUGCGUUGCAGAUGUAUCUGCUUAGCGGAGAAGCGAAAUGUGGAGCUAUCCAAGAGCUUUUUGAGAAACAUCCUAUCAACCGUGCAGAUGAAGAAGAUGAAGAUUCUGAUUCGGACUCUGAUUAUUUGUUUCCUGGUGUCUAUUCUGAAGAACAGCGGAGUAUGUUGAUGAAGGAGCAUAUCAAGACUGAGGAGAAGAGGAUUGCAGAGCAGGAAGAAGUGUUGCGACGUGAUCAGGUUGCGAGAUGGGCGGAGGAAGAUCGGGUGGCUAGGGUUUCGGAGGCCAUGAGAGUUGGGGGCGAGGAUGGGAUCUCUAGCUUGCGGGAGGCGAGGAAGCCUUGGUGGGAGUUUGUUUGGGAUGAUCAGGAGGGGGUUUCGAGGGGUAACGCUGAUGAGGAUGAGGAGAUGAUUGUGGGAAAUGUUAUGUAG